UUUCAUCAGUUUUCUAACCGAUCAACAGUAACAGAAUGAACAUGGAUAUUCAAAAUGUAACCGCAAGUGGAAAUGGCUUCGCUAUCCUGCCUACCUCAUACAGUCUUUUGGAAGUCAUAAUCAUUGCAACAGUAUCAGCAGUCGUGAGUCUCAUCACAAUAGUGGGGAAUGUACUGGUGAUGCUCUCUUUCAAGGUCAACAGCCAACUUAAGACUGUUAAUAAUUACUACUUACUCAGUUUAGCUUUUGCAGACCUCAUUAUCGGCGUGUUCUCAAUGAACCUGUACACAUCCUACAUUCUUAUGGGAUACUGGUCUUUAGGAAAUAUAGCAUGUGAUCUGUGGUUGGCACUUGACUAUGUUGCAAGUAACGCAUCUGUGAUGAACUUGCUGGUCAUCAGCUUUGACAGAUAUUUUUCUAUUACAAGACCACUUACCUACAGGGCUAAACGGACCCCGAAACGUGCAGGCAUCAUGAUUGGCUUAGCAUGGUUGAUAUCGUUUAUAUUAUGGGCUCCACCCAUUCUGUGCUGGCAGUACUUUGUUGGAGAGAGAAAGGUUCCUCCUGACCAAUGCCAGAUCCAGUUUUUCUCAGAACCCAUAAUCACAUUUGGUACAGCCAUAGCAGCCUUUUAUGUACCGGUAUCCAUAAUGACAAUCUUAUAUUGCAAAAUCUACAAAGAAACAGAAAAACGUACUAAGAACUUAGCAGAACUCCAAGGAUAUCCAUCGCUGGAUAGCCAUGAAGACCCUAAAGUACGAAAGCCAAUACUAAGAUGCUUUAGCUUUCAAAGCAAGAGGGACGGGACUCAAGCAUCAUGGUCCUCAUCCAACCAGAGUUACGUAACUAAGACAACUUUGCAGUCUGAAGACUUGUGGACAAAAUCAGAGCAGGUCACCACCCUGAACAGUUACACAUCAUCAGAGGAUGACGAGCGGUCAGUCUCUGAAUCAACCCCACGUGAAUCAUUCAAGAACCAAGAAUCGACAGUCAAUAAAAAUGGACAGCUGGUCUGUUGUGAAGACAGCAAAUACCUACGUGAUCUUGUAAAAUGCUCUCAGACAAACAAUAAAAAAUGUAUGUCAUAUAAGUUCAAGCCAAUCCUUAGCGACAUCACUGCUUUGCAAGGUAGUACCGAAGCCAAUCACACAAACACAGAUCAUUGUCAGUCCUCAGAGCCACAGGCUUCUUCAUCCACAUCCUCUUCUACCAAACCAGAAGAUCCAAACUUGAAGAUCCAGAUGACCAAGCGGAAACGAAUGGUCCUUAUCAAGGAGAAAAAGGCUGCUCAGACUCUCAGUGCCAUUCUUCUGGCAUUCCUCCUCACCUGGACCCCAUACAACAUCAUGGUGCUCAUCUCCACCUUCUGUUCUGAAUGCAUUCCAGUGUCCCUCUGGCAUCUGGGCUACUGGCUCUGCUAUGUCAACAGCACCGUCAACCCCAUGUGUUAUGCCCUAUGCAACAAAACCUUCCAGAAGACCUUUAGGAUGUUAGUCCUCUGCAAGUGGAAGAAGAACAGAGGAGAGGAGAAACUGUAUUGGUGUGGCCGAAACUAUUAAUUAACAGAAACCAUUAAUUAGCAGAAAUCGCAGACUGUAGAGCAUGAUGAAUGUUCAAGAACAAGUGUUAUAUUAAAUGGGCAUUAAAAUUAUAUUUGAGCUUAUGAUGUGCAUACAGUGCCACAGACCUUAUUCGUUGCCAUGUUCUUGGCAAUAUUUGUGUGUACAUA